GGUGUAACAACAACAUCUUUCAAAGUCAAAACGCAAACCGGCCGCGAUACCCCGCUCGAGGUACUUCAACAUUAAGGAAUCUUCGUAACAAUCGUCCGAACAAAUCAUACUGGAAUAUCAGAGCGAAGGUGCAAUACAACAUCGACCGUCAGACACUUACUAGGUACCGUCAGGAUGGCGAACGCGAAGAACCCAGCAACACCAGACUGGAGCACCAUCCCAAAGCCUGAAGACGACGGAGCAUGCGAGGGCCUUCAAGGCCGGCAGUUCCCAGCGAUCGCUUUACCUUCAACAUUGGGAAACACUAUUGACCUCUCAACCCUUCCCGGCCUCACAAUCCUCUUCUGCUACCCCCGCACCGCCGCCCCCGGCGAAAACGUCCCACCCGAAUGGAACGAAAUCCCCGGCGCCCGCGGCUGCACGCCGCAAGCCUGUUCAUUCCGGGACGCUUCGGACGAGCUUGCUGGGCUGGGAGUGAAACAGGUCUUUGGCUGCAGCACGCAAUCUACGGAGUACCAGCUGGAACUUAAGACGAGGGUGCACUUGCCUUAUGAGCUUUUGAGCGAUGAGAAGCUUGAGUUGGCGGAGGCGUUGGGGUUGCCGGUUUUUGAGUGGGAAGGGAAGCGGUUGAUUAAGCGGUUAAGUAUGGCAGUGGAGGAUGGGAAGGUGAUGAAGGUGUUUUAUCCGGUGUUUCCGCCUGAUCGGAGUGCGGCGGAGGUUGUGGAGUGGUUGAAGGUUAGGGGUUGAGAGGUGGCGUGCAACGCGAAAUGGCGGAAGACUGCAAUCUCGUUAUUUCAGCUGUCUGCCUAAGUGGUCAAGCGAUAUUUCUUUUCUCGACAGUUUCAUUUCCUCCCUAGCUUGGCUCUGCUCUGCUUGUCCACGCAUUCCCACC